AUUAUAUUUAACUAUAUUACUAAUUUACUAGGGUUAAAGGAACCAUUAACUAAUAUAAUCUAUAAUAGUAUUUUUAUAGUAGUAAAUAAACUCUUUAAGCAAGCCUACUUUUUACUAUAUAAAAAGUCUUAUACUAUAAAAAAUUUAAUAUAUUUUUAUAUAUAA